UGCAUAUCAAAGGGAAUUGUGAACAUUGUUCAUCUCACCUUGCCAUACUGCUGUCAGAACAAGGGAAAGGAAGAGACCAGAAGAAGGAAAGAUCAGAAGCAGCCAGUGGUUUUUUUCAGUGUCAUCAAUGACUUCUUUCACAUACAAGGGAAUCAGUUUACCCGUAGUGGACUACUACUCAGAGGAAACACUCCACUAUGCUGAAAAUGAAUUCCAAAUGUUGGAUGAUGAUAUAGUGUGUGUUACUUACCCCAAGUCAGGUACCCAUUGGAUGCAGGAGAUCCUUUGCUUAAUCUGGUGUGAUGGGGACCCCUCCUGGGUUCAGAGUUUACCAGUGUGGGAACGGUCACCUUGGCUAGAGAGUAUUCCAGGCCUACAGUGUGCCUUGCAAUCUCCUCCACCCAGGCUCCUGGCAUCUCACCUGCCUUUCCACAUUUUCCCCAAGUCCUUCCUGCACUCCAAGGCCAAGGUUAUCUAUACUGUGCGUAAUCCCAAAGAUGUGAUGAUCUCAUACUAUCAUUUCAGCAAGGGCUUGAAAAUAGUGAAGGACCCUGGAACUUUGGAAGAGUACAUGGAGGAGUUCCUGAGUGGGAGUGUGCUUUUUGGUUCCUGGUUUGACCAUGUGAAAGGCUGGAUGGAGAUGAAGGAUAGAGCCAACAUCUUCUUCAUCACUUAUGAAGAACUACAGCAGGACCUUCGAGGCAGUGUGCAGAGGAUCUGUCGUUUUCUUGGCAAUGAGCUGAACAGCCAGCAAAUUGAGUCUGUGGUGGAAAACGCCUCCUUCCAGAAGAUGAAGGACAACAAGAUGUCCAACUUUUCUUUAAUACCAGAGAGCAUUUUUGACCACACAAAAGCAAAGUUCAUGAGGAAAGGGAUUUCUGAGGACUGGAAGAAUCACCUGACAGUGGCACAGAGCGAAUACUUUGACCGUGUUUAUUGGGAGAACAUGCGUGGUGUGAAUAUGACCUUCCCUUGGGAGUGAAGAAUCCCAGAUAGUUGCUCUUCUGCUCUCCACCCUCACAUUCUAAUUUGUCAUAUGGUUUGGGUACCUUCUGCUAAAUAAACAGAUACCUGAUCAGGAAU